AUGAUGAAUUCAUCAGUGAUAUUGAUGUUAUUUUUAACUCUUCUACAUAACAUCGAUAUUGUAACAGGUGACAAUGUAUUAAAAGCUGCUGGUGCAGAAGAAGCAAGUCAACAGGCUGGUUCAUUUACUGUAUCUGCUCCAACGGAUUCAGCUUUUGCAAAGAUACUUCAAGAAAUAGUUCAACGUUUACUCGAUCCAAAAAAUAGAGAUCAACUUGAUGAAAUACUUUUCUAUCAUGCAAUUGGUAAUAAAACAUUAACAGGUAAUUUUAUUGCAAUAAUUAAACAAAGAACUCAGAUUAAAACAAAUAAUGCUACAGUUGUCGCAUCUAAUAUCAUGGCUAAUAAAUAG